GAGUUUACUUACUAUUUGCACAAUUGCUGGGCUGCUCUGCCAAUAGGCCACCGUGCUCCUGUGGGCUGAGUGUCCAGAUGGCCAGCUGUCUCCCUGGAACCAUGGCUUUCCCUGCGGGAUUUGGAUGGGGGGCAGCCACCGCGGCUUAUCAAGUGGAAGGAGGCUGGGAUGCAGAUGGAAAAGGCCCUAGUGUCUGGGACACAUUCACCCAUCAGGGAGGAGACAGAGUUUUCAAGAACCAGACUGGCGAUGUAGCUUGUGGCAGCUACACUCUGUGGGAGGAAGAUUUGAAAUGUAUCAAACAGCUUGGAUUGACUCAUUACCGCUUCUCUCUUUCCUGGUCACGUCUGUUACCUGAUGGGACGACAGGUUUCAUCAACCAGAAAGGAAUUGACUAUUACAACAAGAUGAUUGAUGAUUUGUUAGCAAAUCGGAUUACGCCCAUAGUGACUCUCUACCACUUUGAUUUGCCGCAGACAUUAGAAGACCAGGGAGGUUGGUUGUCAGACACAAUCAUCGAAUCUUUUGAUGAAUAUGCCCGGUUUUGCUUUAAGAUGUUUGGGGAUCGAGUCAAGCAGUGGAUCACCAUAAAUGAGCCUAAUAUGUUUGCCCUGCUGGCAUAUGAUUUGGGUGCAUUUCCUCCUGGUGUACCUCACCUGGGAACUGGAGGCUAUAAGGCAGCUCAUAAUUUGAUUAAGGCCCAUGCCAGAGCCUGGCACAGCUAUGAUUCCUUAUUCCGAAAAGAGCAGAAGGGUCUGGUGUCCAUAGCAUUGUUCUGUGGCUGGGUGGAACCAGCGGAUCCCAACUCAGUGUCUGACCAGGAAGCUGCUAAAAGAGCCUUAGCUUUCCACUUGGAUUUCUUUGCGAAACCCAUUUUUAUUGAUGGUGAUUAUCCAGAAGUUGUCAAGUCCCAGAUCGCCUCCAUGAGUAAAAAGCAAGGCUAUCCAUCAUCAAGGCUUCCAGAAUUUACAGAAGAAGAGAAGAGGAUGAUCAAAGGCACAGCUGAUUUUUUUGCUGUGCAAUAUUAUUCCAGUCGCCUAGUCAAGUACCGGGAGAACGAUAAAGGAGAACAGGGUGUUCUCCGGGAUGUGGAGAUAGACAUUUUUCCAGACCCAACUUGGAUAAAUGUGGAUUGGGUCUAUGUGGUGCCGUGGGGAAUACGAAAACUACUGAAAUACAUUAAGGAUACGUAUAAUAACCCUGUAAUUUACAUCACCGAGAAUGGGUUUCCCCAGGGUGACCCCACAUCUCUUGAUGACACUCAACGCUGGGAGUUUUUCAGACAGACAUUUCAAGAACUGUUCAAAGCUAUCCAGCUUGAUAAAGUCAACCUUCAAUUGUAUUGCGCUUGGUCUCUUCUGGACAACUUUGAGUGGAACCAGGGUUACAGCAUGCGGUUUGGUUUCUUCCACGUUGAUUUUGAAGACCCAGCUAGACCCAGAGUCCCUUACACGUCAGCCAAGGAGUAUGCCAAGGUCAUUAGAAACAAUGGCUUAGAGGGACAUCUAUAGAAGAGAUGGCUGGAUGGUAUCACCCGGAGAAGAGGCCUCGGUGAUUGCAAAGGAAUCUGCUUUGAGGAUCCCUCAGACAAUCUCAUAUUGCCUUUGUAAUCCACA